GAUAACAUUAAUAUUACGUUUUGUAUUUGUCUUCAAACGGAAAAUUUAAAAAUACCUACAGAGUACAGACUACGCUACGUGACACGAGUUUCGAGAUUUAUCGUUGUCUUAAUUGUUGUGAACUUGUCACUGAUUGGAUAAGGGUAAAAAAAUGGGUGAUUUAGAUGUCUUAACACCAUUGAUAAAUAGUCAAGAACCUUUGUGUAGCCAAGGAAUGUCAGUCUUGGAAAAUCCCAAUGCGUGGGGGCGCUUAUACCCUGAAAAUGAAUCUUUAAAAAUUGAAGAUUUAGUAAAAGAUGAGUACAAAGCAGGUCGACAAACCUAUGGAGUUGACUUUCAGUUUACUAAGGAAGGUUUUAGCGUCAAUGUUAUGAACCAUAUUAGCAAGGUUCAUUUUAUAAUAUCCCGUGAAGAACGGGAUGCUAAUAGACAUAUGGUAUUUAUCACAGAUAUGAGCUCUAAUGGCACCUUUUUGAAUGGAGAAAAAAUUGGAAAAAAUUGUCGUUGGGUAUUAUCCAACAAUGACAAAAUUGCUGUCAUAAAAAAAACAAAUUAUGUUUACAGUUAUAUAGAUAACAGUGCUGAUAUACCCAAUUUACCUCAAGAAGUUAGAAUGGAACUAGCAGUUUAUGGUAUUUUGGGAACAGGUACCUUUGGAGAAGUACGCAUAGCGUUUAAUAAAAAAACAACAAAAUGUUUUGCUCUCAAAAAAGUAAAGCGUGAAAGUUGUGUGGAUCGGGAACACACCAUUUUAGCCAGCUUACAGCAUCCAAAUAUUGUUAAAAUGGAUAAAUAUUUUGAAUCAAACGAUGCAGUUUAUAUAUGUUUGGAAUAUAUGCCCAGUGGGUCUUUACAAGAUUUAUUAAUGAAUGUGAAUAAUCUUAAAGAAGACGAGUCAAAAAUAAUAUUAUAUCAAGUUGCUCGAGCAAUACAGUAUUUGCAUAACAGAUUGAUUGCUCACAGAGAUCUCAAACCUGCAAAUAUAUUGCUCUCUGGACGCCAUGCAAAAUUAGCCGACUUUGGGCUAUCCAAAAUAGUUACUGAUAACACCCACUUAAAAACUUUUUGUGGUUCGCUUGCGUACAUUGCUCCAGAAGUUUUUGUGAACUAUAAGCGUUAUUAUAAACAAGCUUAUGCUUAUACUAAUAAAGUUGAUUCGUGGAGUUUUGGAGUUAUUUUAUACGAGUGUUUAACUGGAAUAAAACCUUUCACUGGAGAAAGUUUAGAGUUGAAAAUACGACAUGGUGCUUAUGAAAUGACUAAAUCGUUGUUCUUAAAUACAUCAAGUGGAGCAAAAGAUUUAAUCAAAAAGUUAAUCAUGGUUGAUUACAGUGUGCGGUUUAAUUUUGAUCAAGUUAUAGAUCAUGCUUGGUUCGAUAAAGAUAUUAAAAUGAAACGAAUUGUAAGUAAUUUGAUAUCAGAGUAUACAGUUGUUAAUAAAGUAGCUAAAAAACAGUUAAAUGAAAAGGAAAAUAUGACAAAAAAAUUACGGUUUUGUUCUUGUGUAACACACACAACUAGUUCUUGCUCAACAUAAUGAUGUUGAAAUGUACAAGUCCACCAAAAAUAUUUUUAUGUAUUGUAUAGUUUAUGUAAAAGUUAUACUAAUUUUCUGUUUCUAAGUUUUGAGUUUUUGUUAUUUUGUUGUCGUAACUAAAAAAAUUUUGCUAUUGUAUUUUUGAC